UUUCUAUGAUGCAAUGGGCCACCGUAGCUAUGAACACAUUACCGUGUUUACUUCCCGUCUGAACAGAGCUGCUCACUUCCUCACCAACCUCUGCACGGACCUCUCAAGCUAAGGGCUAGCUGACAUUCCAGCUCCGUUUUUUCCGACGUCAAGUGACCAAAUCUACCAGGCAGGAUGAGUGACAAACCAGAUGUGUCUGAAGUGAAGCAGUUUGACACUGGCAAGCUGAAACAUGUGGAAACAGAGGAGAAGAACCCUCUGCCUACAGAACAAACCAUUAACCAGGAGAAGGCAUCAGAGCGUUCCUCAAAGAUCCUGGAGGGUCUGGAUCCAUCCAAGUUAAAGCAUGCUGAGACCAAUGUCAAGGAAAUGAAGCCUGAUGCCGAGGCCCUGCACCAAGACAGGGCUGCCCUGACAGCAGCGGCAGUGUCUGGGUUUGACAAGAGCAAAUUGAAACAUGCAGAAACUACGGAGAAAACCCAUCUCCCAACUAAGGAAGAAAUCGAGGCCGAGAAGGCAGCCAAGUAGAAACAACGGGGCUACAUCCUUCGAAUUUGUAACCUUUUGUAGUCCAGUAAUUUUUCUACAAUUCUUAGUCUAGGUACGGUACGUCAAAUUAACCUAGCGUAUAUCCUGGAGUGCAGCACAGCAAGGGAUCGGAAAUUUCUAACUAAUUUUGGUAUUGGUGAUUCAGGCUUUUUCGGUGAUGAAUUUUAAGGCUUUGAACUAACUAAAGUUGCCAACUACAGAAUCUGUAAUUGGCUCCUUUCUUUGUUUCUGCUGAUGUGCUGUUGACAUCAGUUUUUGUUUUUCAAAUUUAAUGAUUCCAGAAGGGUUGGUAAGGUAGGCUAUAGAAGACGACUACAAUAUCAUCAGUUUCUUGACUUGCCAUAUGCCAAGAAGGCGCAGAAGUUAUGCUUAAAUAACCUUUUUAUAGGCUGAGGUAGCCUCUGGUACCAAACUUGUAUUGACAAAAAUCAGUUAC